AUGAGUUAUGUUUAUGUACCAAAGGUAAAUAAUAAUUCAGUACCACAACAAAUGAACCAACAACCACCACAACAGCAACAACCUGUUGGUGGUGUAGCUCAACAACAAUCAAACCAACAACUACCAGAACAACAACAACCACCAAAAGAAAAAAGACCACCAAAGCCAAAAGUACCAAGAGUUCCAAAGGAUUUAAAGGAUCCAAACUCCGAUUUUAAUGAUAAUAGCAAUAACAAUAAUAAUAAACCAAAAACUAGACCCCCAAAAGAACCUAAAGAUGGUAAAGAAGUAAAGGAUAAACCAGUUAGAGUUAAAAAAGAAAAACCAGUUGUAGGUGAUAAAUUACCUCAAAAUAAUCAACCUGCACAACCAGGACAACCAGCACAAUCACAACCACAACCACAACCACAACAGCCAAAACAACCAAAACAACCAAAUCAACCAAAUCAACCAAAACAACCAAAUCAACCAAAACCAAAACCAAAUGAUAUUCAACAAAAUACUAGAAAAGAAGAUUAUUCAAAAAAUAAAUUUGGUCAAUAUAAAUAUGUAGCCAAAGAAGAUAAAGAGAAAUUAGAAAAAGAAAAAAUUGAAAAGGAGCAAAAAGAGAGGGAAGAUAAAUUAGAAAAAGAAAAAUUAGAAAAAGAAAAGAAAGAAAGAGAAGAGAAAGAAAGAUUAGAGAGAGAACAAAAAGAAAAAGAACAGAAGGAGAAAGAAGAGCAAGAGCAAUUGAACAAGAAAAGAAUUCAACGUCUAAGAGAUGAAUUAUCAAUGCAAUCAAACCUUAGAGCCAAUAAUCAAAAGUAUGCCAAGUCUAAGCAAGGAACUAAAGAUUUAGAUUCCAAUUUCAAAAAGGUAUCGACAUUUGUCAAAAAGAUUAAAACCAUUACCGAAUGUCGUGAAGGUAUAGUCAAUGAAGUUUCACAAUUGAAUUUAUCUCAUUACGUUUCUGAAAUCGUACCAUCCCUAUUAAAGUCAAACUUUAAACCUCAAGAUACCAUUUAUGUAGUCCAAGUAUUAUCUAUCAUGUAUCAAAAGUAUGAAGAUGUAGAUUCCUUAAUUCAAGAAAACAUUCCACCAUUCUUUACUCCAUUCAUCAUUCCUUUGACAGAUUCUGAAAGUGAAAGAAAUUCUAAAAUCACCAAACGUAGAUAUAUUCUUCGUUUAAUGUUAGAUUUAUUCUGUAUUGAUAUCAUUCACUCAUAUCAACCAGUUUAUAAAUUAAUUACAAAACUUUCAUCUCUUGCCGUUGAACAAGAUAAAGAUCAAGGUUAUGCAAAUUUAUUAACUUUUUUGAAUUUCUUAAAACAAUUCCAACAAAUUUUCAAUUAUAAAGAUAAGGUUCAAGAUUUAAAAAGUACAUUUUUAACAUUAAUCACAGAAGAAGAAUUUAACAACACUAGAAAUAUAAUUACAAAUUAUUAUCAAACAUUGUGUAACUUUUUAAAUAAAGAAAAAUCUUCCUUAAGAGAUAAAGAAAAAGAAAUUAAAUUAUUUUAUAGAACUAAAGGUGAAGUACCAGAUGAAGCUUCAAGUAGCUAUGAUCAAAUGAGAAAGCAAUAUGAAAAAUUAAUUACAAAUAUUUCAAAUUAUGCAGAAUUAAUUGGUGAACCAGUACCAAAUAAUGAUUAUUCAUUCCAACUUGAAGAAGAGAUUAAUAAUGAACAAAAAACUGAACAACUCGAAGUUUUCGAUUCACCAUUCGAAAAUGAAGAACAAAAACAUUUUUAUGAAAUUACUUUUACCGUACCAGGCAAAGAUCAACAUUUACAUACACCUAAAGCUUCACCAUUAUCCCCAACUAACCAAUCAACCUCAUCUACUCCAUCAUUAUCAUCAACUCCAACUUUAACUUCUAUUAGUAGCCCAGAAACUAUUGAAAAUAAAGAAAAUAAGGAAAUUACAAGUCCUACUGCUACAAAAGAGUCCCCAACCACCACCACCACCACCACAACAACAGACUCUGCACCAAAUACACCAUCCAAAAAUUCAAAACCAACAGAUGAUGUAGAAAAAGAAAAACAAAAAAUUAAAGGCAUUUUAGAAGAUUUAUUAAGACAAUUAAAAAACACACAUAAGCCAUCAUCUAUAGAUUCAAUUGUUCAAGAGUUUAUUAAAGUACCACCAAAAUAUACCAAACCAUUCCUCCAACAAUUAUUACAACAAUCAAGAUUAGAUCAUAUACCAACAUUUUCCAGAUUCCUUUCAACAAUUUACCAAUCAUCAACUUAUAAAGAUUACGUCAAUAACUAUAUCAAAGAGAUUGAAGACGAUCAAAAAGGUUUGUUUGAAAAGAAAGAACCAAAUCUUCUCACAUUUAAAAUUAGAAAUAUCGUAUAUAUAGGUGAAUUUAUCAAGUUUGGUGUACUCCCAAGAACAACCGCUUUCUCUUAUUUACGUAUUUGUUUCGAUGAUUUCACCAAUCACAAUAUAGAUAUCGCUUGCUAUCUUUUUGAAACUUGUGGUAGAUAUCUUUAUAGAACCGCCGACUCACAAAUUCGUUUAAGAAAUAUGUUGGAUAUUUUAAUCAAGUAUAGAAAUGCAACUACAUUGGGUAGCUCAAAAGAACCAAUGGUUGAAAGUGCCUAUUUAGCUUGUAGACCAAUUGUAGUCAAAAAGAAACAGAUAGAUCCAAUAAAGAAAUUUGUUAAAUUCUUAAUAUUCAAACAUCUUUCUACCGCCACUUUAGAUAGAAUCGUUGAAAAGAUAUUGCAACUACCAUGGCCUGAAUGCGAAGGUUACCUUACUAAAUACCUCUUAGAUGUCCAGAAGGGCAAAUUUGGCAAUAUCUAUUUGAUUGCUGAUAUUCUCUUCCAUCUUAGAGACUACUAUCCCACAUUUGUACAAUCUGUAAUUUGGAAAUUAUACGAAGAAAUAACAGUAGGCUUUGAAAAAAAUGACUUUAAUCAAAACCAAAAGAGAAUUAUGCAAAUAACAUUAUUUGGUGAACUCUACAAUGCAUGUCUUUUAGAAACCAACCAUGUUUUCGAUUUAUUAAUUGGUGCUUUAGAAUACGGUUAUACUACAACCCAUUUGUUCCCAGCCAGUCUCAAUAGAGAAAGAGAACUAUUAAGAAACAGACCCAAACCAAACUUGGAUGAAUUCGAUCCUGUUAAUGACUGUUUUAGAAUUCGUUUUAUAUGUACAUUGCUAUUAGUCUGUAAAGAUUGCUUCCCACCAGAAGACAUCGAGCAAAAUCUUAAACCCUACAUGGUAUUCUUCCAACGUUAUACCCUAACAAAACUAUUACCAUUAGAAAUUGAAUUUAUGAUUUCAGAUUGUCUUCAAAUUAUUCCAGAUAUAAAAGUAUUUAAAACAUGGGAAGAGGCAAACAAUGAUUGUUUAAUUUUAUCAAAUGGUGGCACAAUAACUAAUGAACCAUUAAAUCAACAGGAAUCACCACCACAACCACAACCACAACCCCAACCACAACCACAACCACAGCCACAAAUUAAAAUACAAAAACCUCAAAAACCACAACCUCAACAGCAACAACAACAACAACCUCAAAAAACAACCUCAAACACAAAUCAAUCAUCAAGAUCACCAUCACCAUCACAGCCAUUGUCACCAACAAAAUCAAAUACCCCAUUACCUUCAGAAAAUAUAGAUCAAGAGAAGCUUAUUAUGAGUGAAUUAGGAGAUUUAGAAAAUGAAGAUGAUGACAUCAAUAUAGAAGAGGACAUUUUGAAGGAAUUUAAAGCAAUGGUUACAGAAGGUCAAGAAAAGAAAGAAAAACAAAAAUUAACAUUACCUUCAUUAUUUAAUAUAACUGGUGGUCCCAGUGCUCUUAGUGAUACAUCACCAAUUACACCAAUAGCUUCAAACGGUUUCGUUCCAUUCAAAAUAUUAUUGAAAAAAGGGGAUAAAUCAAUAUCUAAAAAUAUUGAAAUCCCUCAAGAUUCAACCUUUGUCCAAAAUAUUUUAAAUGCAAAAGAAGAACAAGAAAAAGAUAUUAGAGAAAAUAAAAAACAAGUUUUAAAACAAUUAGGUAAUUUAAAUUAA